AUGGCAACUCGCGACGUGGUCGUGCUUGGCGGCGGCAUCUCUGGCCUCACGCUCGCCUACUUCCUGCGCCAGGCGCUGUCCAAGACUGUAUCGACCACUGCAACACGGAUCCACGUCCUGGAAGCCAGCUCCGUCUCGGGCGGAUGGGUACAGACAGCUACGCAGGAGGGAUUCCUCUUUGAAGAAGGACCCCGAGGCUUUCGACCGUCCCGGAACGGUGCAGAGAUGUUGCGAUUGGUCGAGGAGCUGCAGCUACAAGAGAAGAUGCAGGCGGUUGAUCCAGCAGCACAAGCGCGGUACAUUCUGCGCAAUGGAAACGUCGAGAAGCUGCCGAACUCGGUGCUGGACGCGCUGCGUUGGCCGCUGUCGCUUCCAGUGGCUCGUGCAGCUUUGCGCGAGCUGUUUGUGAAGCCUGGAGCAAUAGACGAGGAGUCUAUUUACAAGUUUAUGAGCAGACGGUUCAGUCCCUUGGUGGCUGAGAGACUGCUGGAUCCCAUGGCUUCAGGUAUUUUCGGUGGCGAUAUCAGGAAACUCUCGAUACAUGCGUGCUUCCCCAUGUUGACUGACUUGGAGAGAGAACAUGGAUCUGUCGUAAGGGGCAUGCUGUUUGGUAGGUACGGACAAAGCGAUACGCUGCUGGAUGGUUCGAAGAAAUCCGAGUUUGUCAAGAGACACGAAAAGUCAGUGAGCGUGAGUUUCACGCAUGGCAUGAGCACACUCAUGGAAUCGUUAGAAGAUAGGAUUCGUGCUGAUCCGAUGGCGACUUUUCAACUGAAUACGAAGGUGACACGGCUUGCGGUACAGGGCCAUAACAGCGUGGGGUCGGACUUUGUGGUGGAGAGCAAAGACCCCGCAUCCGGCGAAAUCCGGGAGCCGAUCAAGGCCUCGCAUGUGUUCUCUACUAUUCCUUCUUGUUGUCUGUCUCCAGUGGUGAAGGAUUCGGCACCUGGCUUGGCUGAGGCACUUAGUGAGAUUGAGUUUGUAGACAUGGGGACUGUGCACGUUGGGUACAACGAAAAGGUGCUCCGUACCGAUGGCUUUGGGUACCUCAUCCCGAGCGUCGAGCAUGAGAAGGUGCUUGGCGUCGUGUUUGACUCCAACACGUUCCCAAUGCAGAACAGAGCAGGAAAAUCGCAGACGCGUCUGAGUGUCAUGAGUGGUGGCGCGCGUUAUCCGGAAGUGGCAUCGCUGCCUGAAGGUGAAUUGGAGCGCAAUGCGCUGGAUGCUUUGAAGCGGCACCUUGGUAUCACGCGCAAGCCUGAUUACGUGCGUACCAUGGUACUGAAGAAUGGAAUUCCGCAAUACAAUGUUGGAUUUGGCCAGACGCUGCAGCGUAUCGAAAAGCAGGCUGCUCGCUGUGCGCCGGGUCUAUAUCUGGGUGGCAACAGCUUUUACGGCAUUGGACUGGCUGACUGCGUGACCCACUCAAAAAGGCUUGCGCUUAAGUAUGCUAAGAGCGUGUCGUCUUGA